CCUCACACAAUCACGUUUCUCCCGACCUGGGCAAGCAAAGAAUUCUGAGCACCAAAGCAGGCAGGCAGAGGGACCCAGCAGGGCCUAGAAUGCCUGUCAGUCAUCACAUUCCAUGAGAGACAUCCAGAAACAUCCAGAUGGAGGGGGGCACUUCCACAAUUCUCUCUACUGCUGGACCCAACUGGGAAAAACCACGGGUAAGCUUGCCACAUGGCGCACAGUGACUUCCUGUACCCAGAUAACCCCAGGAGGCGACAGGAAGUCAACCAUCUCCACCAGCAGCUCCUUGGCUGCCUAUUGGACAGCUUCGAGGCCACCAAUGAGCUGAUCGGGGUCCUCAACACACACCUGGGGUGCAGGCUGGACUCCAUCGAGAUGAGAAGGCACGGGACCAUCAAAGACAACUGCGACGUCCUCAUCAGGGGCGUGAGGGAAAUCCAGAGGGAGCUGCAGAAGGUGGAUGAGGCCUUACGGGCCAAGCUGGAGCCCACCCUCUACAGGAAGCCGGACGUGAAGGAGAAGGAGACGGAGAAGGUCGCCAUCGUGCAGAAGGUGAUCUCGGUCAUCCUGGGGGAAGCCACUUCCGUAGCCAGCGCCGUGGCCGUGAGACUGGUGGGCUCAGAGGCCACCACGGGCCUGCUCCACAAGCUGGUAGCCGUGCUGGGUCACAUCGGUGCCUCCCUCCUGGGCAGCGUCGGGGUGGCCGUCCUGGGCCUUGGCCUCGAUCUCCUGUUCCGGGCCAUCCUGGGAGCGGUGGAGAAGAGCCAGCUGCAGGCAGCCAUCAAGAGUUACGAGGCACAUCUGGUGGAGUUCAGAUCCGCCUCCCGGAAAUACCACCAGGCCAUUUUGGAGGUCACCGACAUGGUGAGACGCCAGAAGAAAUGA